AUGUUUAUCCUCACAACCUGCGUCGCCAGGUUUUAGCAUCUUACGCACUCGUUCUCAUUAGCCUUUUCUUUUUGUUCUCCCGACACGAUGAACCUUGGCAACAAAAUCAGCCUCCCAUGUUCAGUGAUGCCGCCACACCUUUAUCCCAUGUCAACAAGAUGCGCUAGGCGAUGCGACCCCCAAGAGAACUGGCUGGUACAUCACGUGUGAGGCUUCAUGCGUGAUAACACCAAGUCCUACAUUUCAGGUUCUUGGCAUAGGCAAUCUCCCGGUAUCAGAUAGUGUCGCCUUCUUCACAAGAACCGAGCCAGCUCGCCCGGUAUGUCAGACAACAAAUCUGACGUCAAAACUUUACAACCUCAUACUCUCUGCUCCCUCUGUACAUCUUUCUGGGAACGUGCAACAUGCCUCAGAUUCCGACCUGAAGUUCUUCUCAGCGGCGGAGAAGGUGUCCCAUCGAUGCCACAGCAUCUUCUCUUCACUCCCAGCCGUACUGAUGUUCUAUCCGCUGCCUCGCAAGGCUGCCACUUCUGCUCCAUCAUCGUUGGAGCUGUUGUAGGAUGCACCGGAGAUCAUGGUGAUCGGCAGUUCUCUGGUGACAAGAAUGACCCUGUCUAUAUCUCAAUAGCGAUGUUGGACACAGAUGCUGGUACCUUUCUCCUUACGUUGUUUCCCUGCGAAGAGUCAAAGAUUUUCAGUCAUGAUCAAAUACUCAGCGAUUAUCCCUUACAACUGCGCCCAAUCACAGAGGGUUACGGAGGCGUAAAAGCUGACAAUCAACACCUUUUAUCGACGCUGCAGUCAACAACCUAUUCCGACGCAACUGCUGACUUCAUCCGAUCUUGGAUUACUGAAUGUCAGAGUACUCAUAUCCUGUGCGGCGACGACCUUUUGAGCCUGAUUCUUGGUUCCACGGAAACAAAAUCACGACCCCGGCGCUUGCUAGAUCUAUUAGCCUUCCAGGACGUCGAGAAAAUACGAAUUAUCGAGGCCAAUGAUGACCACACCAAGGAAUACUGCGCCUUGAGUUACAGCUGGGGAUUCAGUAAGCCCUAUGUUAUGACGUCGUCUAAUUUCGCGGCGUUUCAGAAAGAAAUUCACGUCAAAGAUUUGCCGAAACUAAUACAAGACUCUAUUCAAGUCGUUAGGGGUCUCGGGUUUAGGUACUUAUGGAUCGAUGCCCUUUGCAUAAUGCAAGAUGGAAGCCAAUCUUCUGCAGCUUCGGACGACUGGGUUGACCAGGCAGGCAAGAUGAACGACAUCUUCGGGAACGCAGUUGUCACCAUCGCGGCAGCCGAAUGCUUUGAUGGCAACUCAAGCAUGAUCGUGCCGCGAAAUCCGUUGAGUCAACUAUCUUGUCGACUGGACGCGAGCACGAAUCUCUACUAUGAAGUCGUUCCAUCAUGCACUCCACAUUGUUUGUUACACCCUUUCGAUAAAGCGCGCUUUCACCUCGAUACCAGAGCAUGGGUUUUCCAGGAGCGAAUAUUGUCGCCUCGGACGGUGCACUUGACUCGCAACUUCGUUCAUCUUGAGUGUAGGACUGAGCUCCGUUGCGGAGCUAUGGGAGGAUCUGACGCAUGCUAUCACAGCGGCGCAAUUGCCAAAACAGAUUAUCAAGUACUUUUUUCCAUGUUUGGACCCUACGGGCUUGAUGAAUCUGCCCAAGACGCAUUUCUCUCCUUCUGGCAUGGGCUCGUCAGGAGAUAUUCGACUACGAAUCUGAGCCGCAAGUCAGACUUGCUGGUUGCUUUGGCUGGUCUUGCAAAGCAAGUUCAGACAAAAUCACAACUCACCUGGUCAUUUGGGUUAUGGCAAGAGUAUCUCCUCCGAGAUAUGCUAUGGUAUAUCAGGGGAGGAAGAGGCGCGCCUUGUCGUGAGAGGUCGCCGACUUGGUCUUGGGCCAGCAUUGAUGUACAGGGACCGCAGAUCAUUUAUGAGCCCGCCGCACGAGUUUCUCUUCUCGCGGACAUCAUUGGUCUGCCAGAUGCAACAGACUUUGUACGCCGUGGUCUACUGGUAGAUGCAACGAAACAUUGCGUCAAGGUUUCAGGCCUGUUACGACCUGGCGCUCCGGAUUCGUUAAAAUAUGGUCAAAAUUCUGCUUCUAGCAUGAACAAAGAUAUUCGUGUCCAUAGGAAUUGCCAAGGGAUACAACAUAUCCACCGACAAUGCCCAUUUCACCCAGACUACGACCUCCCAAACAACAUCGAGUUGUACAGCUUACUUAUAGCUCGUGCUUCGGGAGCUCAACAAAGAAUGGGCUCUUCUCAAAGUUCAGAUACGCACGUGGGGAUUGUUCUGACGCAUUCCCCAGAACAUGAACGCCGAUACAGACGCGUGGGCUAUUUCCACAUUGACAUUCAGGAGGUAGAUGAUGAUGAUCAAGGGAUACCAUGGAUUCUGGAGAGCUCCAAUUUUGUUGAAAUAGAGGUCAUCUAGCAGACACCUGACAAAUCUCAACCGAGGCGGUGUAAAAUACUCCUGAUAUACCCCUGUUGUUCUGUCACUCGACCUACACGCCUACUUGUUGGCUCAAACCAUAUUAGUGCUUCAUUCAAUGACUCAUCAACAUAUCGAGAUGCUUCCUGUAAGUGUCGUAAACAAGUCUCUCGAUCAUUACGCGUGAUUUCAAAGCGUAUCUGCUCUAUUCUGCCUAGGCCCUCUAGAGCAGCGUAGCGCAACUUGGCCCUUGGAAAACCACUGAGUUGUUCAGCCCGUUCCAAAGCCAUCCUGUAGUACGACUCUGCGCCGUCUAGAUCACCACCAUCUAGGUGAUCAUCUGCGACAUUGGUGACAGUCCAGACAACGUUUCGUGCGAAUGGUCCAUAGAACGAUUCUUGGUUCCGCAAAAGCUGAGCGCGGCGGUAUCCACCUUCAAUACGGUCUCGACCGUGGUAAAGGCAGUCACAAAGUCGCUCCUCGAUAUAGAGACGAUGCCAGGUGUGGGGAGACUUAUCGGAGAACACUGCCAAUGCGGCCCGAAGACUCGAGAUAGCCGUGCACUGCAGUAGCCCAGGUGGCAACAAGGUGAGGGACACCAAGAAUUGGAUGAGAGGGGAGGGUGUCCGUAAAGACGAAGCCAUUGCUGCCGAAUACCGGAGUAGGCAUGUCAAUACUUCCUGUGCAUUGCACGCCGAGAGCUCACAAACGAUGGCUAACAGUUGGGCAAGACUCAUUGGAUGGCAGUCUGCGAGAAGAGGCUGAACAAGGUCAAAAGCUUGAUGGAAGUGUGGAAAUGCGCCUGGGCCUCCACGCAUCAUCUGUGCUAGGCCUUCUUGCAUGCGGUUCCCGAAACGUCCAUGUGUCGUGAACUGAUGAACCUCAGGCUCUGGAUGUAUGUCUUGGCUGAGGUAGACUCCGCAGUAGUCAGUUAGACUGGCAGCUGCCUUUUGCUCGAGGGUGAAUAUAGGCGUGGGAAUAUUCACAGGAGACAUUGACAUGGCCACACUGCUGGCUGAGGAUAGCGCAGCGAGUGUUGAACUACCUUCGCUCGUACCCUCCACAGGACUAUCUCCCUCUUGAAGAAGCCUGACAGCUGGCUCUUCUUGGGACACUGCAGCUGAACGACACCAAUGAAUUGGGUUCUGUAUGCCCUUCCGUCUAAAGUAUCGCAGGAUCUCAUGCAACGGGACAUGGCGUCCUCGGAUCACGAACCAGGGUUCUGGGACUGGCCACGACGCAGGGUCUGGAUCAAGUAAGCGAAGAGCCGCAACCAUGCCGUGAAACUGGUUGUUUCUUUGCAGAUUCCAUUGGCUGAUUCGAGCCCUGAUCAUGCGCGUGUUGACCCAGUAUCCUAGCGAUUUCAGAUGAUCCCUGACCUCUGCCAUAGAAAACCUGCGGUCGUGGUAGAGCUCUUUGACGAGGGGUCGCAGACGAGACCAGUCCUCGCUUGAUGGUAUCGUAAGAACCGAUUGGGGAUUUACGAGGGGAUCCAUUAGGGCGACUGAUUUAGGAAUGAAGGCAUGCAGAGUCUGUGAUGGAUGGAUAUUUGGAUAUAUAUGCAUGGGCGUUUUGUAGUUAGUAUAUUGGCGUUCCGUUUAAUGGGCUAGACCACACCAUGGCUGUCAAAUGUCCGGCCCUUCCCAUUCCAUGUCUUAAGCAGUGAGGGGCUCAAGGGUCUUUCAGCACUUGGAACCCCUCGCAUAUUAGCGAUAUGCAG